GCGAAGUUGGCGGCGAGGAGGCUGGCCCGGGACGCACCCGGAGCCCAGGGAAGGAGGGAGGAGGGAGGAGGGAGGAGGGAGGGUCGCUCCGGCCGCCAUGGGGCCGGGGGCCCGCGGCCGCCGCCGGCGUCGUCGCCUGAUGGCCCUGCCACCGCCGCCACCGCCCAUGCGGGCUCUGCCCCUGCUGCUGCUGCUGCUGCUAGCGGGGCCGGGGGCUGCAGCCCCUCCAUGCCUGGAUGGAAGCCCGUGUGCAAAUGGAGGCCGGUGUACCCAGCAGCCCUCUCGGGAGGUUGCCUGCCUGUGUCUGCCAGGCUGGGUAGGUGAGCGGUGCCAGCUGGAAGACCCUUGCCACUCUGGCCCCUGUGCUGGCCGAGGUGUCUGUCAGAGUUCAGUGGUGGCAGGCACUGCCCGCUUCUCCUGCCGUUGCCCCCGAGGCUUCCGAGGCCCAGAUUGCUCCCUGCCAGAUCCCUGCCUCAGCAGCCCCUGUGCCCAUGGUGCCCGCUGCUCAGUGGGGUCAGAUGGCCGCUUUGUCUGCUCCUGCCCAUCUGGCUUCCAAGGUCGAAGCUGCCGAAGUGAUGUAGAUGAGUGCCGAGUGAGUGGGCCCUGUCGCCAUGGUGGCACCUGCUACAAUACUCCUGGCUCCUUCCACUGCCAGUGUCCAGGUGGCUACACAGGGCCACUGUGUGAGAACCCCGUAGUGCCCUGUGCCCCUUCCCCAUGUCGUAAUGGUGGUACCUGUAGGCAGAGUGGUGAUGUCACCUAUGACUGUGCCUGCCUUCCUGGGUUUGAGGGCCAGGACUGUGAAGUCAAUGUGGAUGACUGUCCCGGACAUCAGUGUCUCAAUGGGGGAACAUGUGUGGAUGGUGUCAACACCUACAACUGCCAGUGUCCUCCUGAGUGGACAGGCCAAUUCUGCACAGAAGAUGUAGAUGAAUGUCAGCUGCAGCCCAAUGCCUGCCACAAUGGGGGCACCUGCUUCAACACGCUGGGUGGCCACAGCUGUGUGUGUGUCAAUGGUUGGACAGGUGAGAGCUGCAGUCAGAAUAUUGAUGACUGUGCCACGGCUGUGUGCUUCCAUGGGGCCACCUGCCACGACCGAGUGGCCUCUUUCUACUGUGCUUGCCCCAUGGGCAAGACAGGCCUCCUGUGUCAUCUGGAUGAUGCCUGUGUCAGUAACCCCUGUCAUGAGGAUGCUAUCUGUGACACAAACCCUGUGAAUGGCCGGGCAAUCUGCACCUGUCCACCUGGUUUCACUGGAGGGGCAUGUGACCAGGAUGUGGAUGAGUGCUCCAUUGGUGCUAACCCCUGUGAACAUCUGGGCCGAUGUGUGAACACACAGGGCUCCUUUUUGUGUCAAUGUGGGCGUGGCUACGCUGGACCUCGCUGUGAAACUGAUGUCAAUGAAUGUCUCUCCGGGCCCUGCCGAAACCAGGCCACAUGUCUUGACCGCAUUGGCCAGUUCACCUGCAUCUGCAUGGCAGGUUUCACAGGAACCUACUGCGAGGUGGACAUCGAUGAGUGUCAGAGUAGCCCAUGUGUCAAUGGUGGUGUCUGCAAGGACCGGGUCAAUGGCUUCAGUUGUUCCUGCCCUUCAGGCUUCAGCGGGUCCACGUGUCAGCUGGAUGUGGAUGAAUGUGCAAGCACACCUUGCCAGAAUGGUGCCAAGUGUGUGGACCAACCAGAUGGCUACGAGUGUCGCUGUGCAGAGGGAUUUGAAGGCACCUUGUGUGAGCGCAACGUCGACGACUGCUCCCCGGACCCCUGCCAUCAUGGGCGCUGUGUGGAUGGUAUCGCCAGCUUCUCCUGUGCUUGUGCCUCAGGCUACACAGGCACUCGCUGCGAGAGCCAGGUGGAUGAGUGCCGUAGCCAGCCCUGCCGCCACGGGGGCAAAUGCCUAGACCUGGUGGACAAAUAUCUCUGCCGCUGUCCUCCAGGAACCACAGGUGUGAACUGUGAAGUCAACAUUGAUGACUGUGCCAGCAACCCCUGCACCUUUGGGGUCUGCCGCGAUGGCAUCAACCGCUAUGAUUGUGUCUGCCAGCCUGGCUUUACAGGGCCCCUCUGCAAUGUGGAGAUCAACGAGUGUGUGUCCAGCCCUUGCAGAGAGGGUGGAUCCUGUGUGGAUGGGGAAAAUGGCUUCCGCUGCCUCUGCCCACCAGGCUUUCUGCCUCCGCUCUGCCUCCCUCCAAACCAUCCCUGUGCCCAUGAGCCCUGCAGUCACGGUGUCUGUCAUGAUGCACCCAGCGGGUUCCGCUGUGUGUGUGAGUCUGGUUGGAGUGGCCCUCGAUGCAGCCAGAGUCUGGUUCCAGAUGCCUGUGAGUCCCAGCCCUGCCAGGCUGGUGGCACUUGCACCAGUGAUGGAGUAGGCUUUCACUGCACCUGUCCACCUGGAGUCCAGGGUCGACAGUGCGAGGUACUGUCCCCCUGCACUCCAAACUUCUGUGAGCAUGGGGGCCACUGCGAGUCUGACCCUGGCCAACUGACUAUCUGCUCCUGUCCCCUAGGCUGGCAAGGCUCACGAUGCCAGCAGGAUGUGGAUGAGUGUGCCGGCCCCUCACCCUGUGGCCCCCGUGGUACCUGCACCAACCUACCCGGGAGCUUCAGGUGCACCUGCCAUGGGGGCUACACUGGCCCUUCCUGUGAUCAGGACAUCGAUGACUGUGAACCCAACCCAUGCCUCAAUGGUGGUUCCUGUCAGGACAGCGUGGGUUCCUUUUCCUGCUCUUGCCUUCCUGGCUUUGCUGGUCCACGCUGCGCUCGAGAUGUGGAUGAGUGUUUGAGCAGCCCUUGUGGCCCAGGCACCUGCAUAGAUCACGUGGCCUCCUUCACCUGUACCUGUCCACCUGGCUAUGGAGGCUUCCACUGUGAGAAGGACCUGUUGGACUGUAGCCCCAGCUCCUGCUUCAAUGGAGGUACCUGUGUGGAUGGGGUGAACUCCUUCAGCUGCUUGUGCCGUGCUGGCUACACGGGCACCCACUGCCAAUAUGAGGCUGACUCCUGCCUUUCCCGGCCCUGUUUGCAUGGGGGCAUCUGCAGUCCCACCCACUUAGGGUUUCAGUGUGCCUGCCGGGAGGGCUUCACUGGGAGUCAGUGCCAGACCCUGGUAGACUGGUGCAGCCAGGUGCCCUGUCAGAAUGGGGGUCAUUGUGUCCAGACUGGGGCCUACUGUGUCUGUCCCCUGGGAUGGAGCGGCCGCCACUGUGACAUCCAAAGCUUACCCUGCAAGGAGGCUGCAUCCCAGAUGGGGGUGCAGUUGUCACAGCUGUGUCAGGCAGGUGGGGAGUGUGUAGAUGACAACCACUCCCAUUACUGUGUGUGCCCAGAGGGCCGUGCCGGCAGUCACUGUGAACAGGAGGUGGACCCCUGUGCAGCCCAGCCCUGCCAGCAUGGGGGUACCUGCCGUGGCUACAUGGGGGGCUAUGUGUGUGAGUGUCCAGUGGGUUAUUCUGGUGACAGUUGUGAGGAUGAUGUAGAUGAGUGUGCCUCCCAGCCCUGCCAGCAUGGGGGUUCCUGUAUUGACCUUGUGGCCCGCUAUCUCUGUUCCUGUCCUCCUGGGACACUAGGUGUACUCUGUGAGAUCAACGAGGAUGACUGUGGUCCAUCCUUGGACUUGGGCUUCCGGUGCCUACACAAUGGCACCUGUGUGGAUCUGGUGGGUGGUUUCCGCUGUAACUGUCCCUCAGGAUACACAGGUCUGCAUUGCGAGGCAGAUAUCAAUGAGUGUCGCCCAGGUGUCUGCCAUGCAGCACAUACCCGGGACUGCCUGCAAGAUCCAGGCGGACACUUUCAUUGCCUCUGUCAUCCUGGCUUCACAGGCCCCCGCUGCCAAACUGCCCUGUCUCCUUGUGAGUCCCAGCCAUGCCAGCAUGGAGGGCAGUGCCGUCCCAACCCAGGCCCUGGAGGUGGGUUGACCUUCACCUGCCACUGUGCCCAGCCGUUCUGGGGGCCCCGUUGUGAGCGUGUAGCACGCUCCUGUCGAGAGCUGCAGUGUCCCGUGGGUGUCCCAUGCCAGCAGACUGUCCGUGGGCCGCGUUGUGCCUGUCCUCCGGGGCUGUCGGGGCCCUCUUGCCGAGUCUCCAGGGCGUCACCCUCUGGAAACACUAACGUCAGCUGCACAGCUGCCCCCUGUCUGCAUGGGGCCUCGUGCCUCCCUACUCAGAUCGCCCCCUUCUUCCGCUGUGCGUGCACUCUGGGCUGGACUGGCCCGCGUUGCGAAACCCCUUUAGCUGCUCGCGAGGUUUACGAGGAGCCGAGGUGCCCGCGAGCCGCCUGCCAGGCCAAGCGUGGGGACCAGCAUUGCGACCGGGAGUGCAACAGCCCUGGCUGUGGCUGGGACGGGGGCGACUGUUCGCUGAACGUGGGCGAUCCUUGGCGGCAGUGUGAGGCGCUGCAGUGCUGGCGUCUCUUCAACAACAGCCGAUGCGACCCUGCUUGCAGCUCUCCGGCCUGCCUCUACGACAACUUCGACUGCUACACCAGUGGCCAUGACCGGACUUGCAACCCGGUGUAUGAGAAGUACUGUACGGACCACUUUGCAGAUGGCCGUUGUGACCAGGGCUGCAACACGGAGGAGUGUGGCUGGGAUGGGCUAGACUGUGCCAGCGAGGUCCCUGCCCUUCUGGCUCGCGGUGUGCUGGUCCUCACGGUUCUCCUGCCUCCGGAAGAGCUGCUGCGCUCCAGUGCCGACUUCCUGCAGCGACUCAGCGCUAUUCUGCGCACCUCGCUGCGCUUCCGCUUGGAUGCGCGUGGCCAGGCCAUGGUUUUCCCCUACCACCGGCCAAAUCCUGGCUCCAGGGCCCGGCGUGAGCUGGCUCCAGAGGUGAUUGGCUCUGUAGUGAUGCUGGAGAUUGACAACAGGCUCUGUCUGCAGUCACCUGAGAAUGACCACUGCUUCCCCGAUGCCCAGAGUGCUGCUGAUUACCUGGGAGCCUUGUCAGCAGUGGAGCGCCUCGAUUUCCCAUACCCACUUCGGGAUGUGCGAGGGGAGCCCCUGGAGCCUCCAGAGCAGAGCGUGCCGCUGCUGCCACUGCUGGUGGCAGGUGCCAUCUUCCUGCUGGUCAUCCUUGUCCUGGGCGUCAUGGUAGCCCGCCGCAAGCGCGAGCAUAGCACCCUCUGGUUCCCCGAGGGUUUUGCAUUGCACAAGGACAUAGCAGCAGCCCACAAGGGCCGGAGGGAGCCUGUGGGACAAGAUGCAUUGGGCAUGAAGAGCAUGGCCAAGGGCGAGAAUCUGAUGGGGGAGGUGGCCACAGACUGGAUGGACACGGAGUGCCCUGAGGCCAAGCGACUGAAGGUAGAGGAGCCCAGAGCGGGGGCUGAGGAGCCUGUGGAUUGUCGACAGUGGACCCAGCACCAUCUGGUUGCUGCAGACAUCCGAGUGGCACCAGCCAUGGCUCUGACUCCUCCACAGGGUGACGCAGAUGCUGAUGGCAUGGAUGUCAAUGUCCGUGGCCCUGAUGGCUUCACUCCACUUAUGCUGGCCUCCUUCUGUGGGGGAGCCCUGGAACCGAUGCCCACUGAGGAGGACGAGGCCGAUGAUGCGUCAGCCAGCAUCAUAUCAGACCUGAUCUGCCAGGGAGCCCAGCUUGGGGCACGGACUGACCGCACAGGCGAGACCGCCCUGCACCUGGCUGCCCGCUAUGCCCGUGCAGAUGCGGCCAAGCGGCUGCUGGAUGCUGGGGCAGACACCAAUGCUCAGGACCAUUCAGGUCGCACCCCUCUUCACACGGCUGUCACUGCUGACGCCCAGGGCGUCUUCCAGAUUCUCAUCAGAAACCGCUCUACAGACCUGGAUGCCCGCAUGGCAGAUGGCUCCACUGCACUGAUCUUGGCGGCCCGCCUGGCGGUGGAGGGCAUGGUGGAAGAGCUCAUUGCCAGUCAUGCUGAUGUCAAUGCAGUGGAUGAGCUGGGGAAAUCAGCCUUACACUGGGCAGCAGCCGUAAACAAUGUGGAGGCCACUUUAGCUCUGCUGAAAAAUGGGGCCAACAAGGACAUGCAGGACAGCAAGGAGGAGACCCCACUGUUCCUGGCUGCCCGUGAAGGCAGCUAUGAGGCUGCGAAGCUGCUGCUGGAUCAUUUUGCCAACCGCGAGAUCACAGAUCACCUGGACAGGUUGCCUCGGGAUGUGGCCCAGGAACGGCUACACCAGGACAUUGUGCGGUUAUUGGACCAGCCCAGUGGGCCACGCAGCCCACUUGGCUCUCAUGGCUUGGGGCCCCUGCUCUGUCCACCAGGGGCCUUCCUACCUGGCCUCAAGGCGGUGCCAUCAGGGGCCAAGAAGAGCAGAAGACCUCCAGGCAAGGCGGGUCUGGGGCCACAGGGGACCCGGGGUCGGGGCAAGAAGCUGACACUGGCCUGCCCAGGCCCCCUGGCCGACAGCUCUGUCACACUGUCACCGGUGGACUCGCUGGACUCCCCACGGCCCUUCGGUGGGCCCCCGUCUUCCCCUGGAGGCUUCCCCCUGGAAGGUUCCUAUACCACCACGGCCACUGCAGUGCCCUUUGCACAGCUUGGAGCAGGCCGCCCUUUGGGACGCCAGCCUCCUGGAGGCUGUGUGCUCAGCCUGGGCCUGCUCAACCCUGUGGCUGUCCCCCUUGAUUGGGCCCGGUUGCCUCCACCUGCUCCUCCAGGGCCCUCAUUCCUGCUGCCCCUGGCUCGGGAACCCCAGCUGCUCAACCCAGGGACUCCCGUUUCUCCCCAGGAGCGGCCCCCACCCUACCUGGCUGCCCAGGGACAUGGGGAGGAAUGCCCUGUAGUGGGGACUCAGGGCAGCCCCACUAAGGCCCGCUUCCUGCGGGUUCCCAGCGAGCAUCCCUAUUUGACUCCAUCCCCUGAGUCCUCAGAGCACUGGGCCAGCCCAUCCCCUCCUGCCCUCUCAGACUGGUCCGACUCUACGCCUAGCCCCGCAACUGCCACGGGUGCCACAGCUCCUGGGGCUCUGCCUGCUCAGGCACACCCGCUGUCUGUUCCUUCCCUUCCUCAGGCCCAGACCCAGCUGGGGCCUCAGCCAGAAAUCACACCUAAGAGGCAGGUGUUGGCCUAAGUUCUUGGAUCUUGGGGCCACUGAAGUGACACCCCUCUCUGGCUCCUCUCUCUCCCUUUUAUUCUCAUUUUCUCUCUCUACAGCCCCUCUGUACCUCUCUCUCUCUCCUAGUGUGACCAAGCUGGUCACCAACCCAGACUCCCAGUCUUCCUUUAUUUAUAAUGGGUGGAGGCUGACCUCCUAUCCUCUGGCCCUCUACCGGGUCUGGGACUCCUCUUGACCCCUCUCCCUGGCCCCAUUCUGUUUUCCCACUUCCUUUUUUUUGCCUCCUUUGGCUUCUCAUUUUCUCACACUCUGACACAAGUGAAUUAUUAUUUUUCUUUUUUACAUUUUGUAUAGAGAAAAAUUCAUUUAAACAAACUUAUUAUUAUUUUUUACUAUAUAUAUAUGGAGAUGCUCCCUUCCCCUGCAAAUCCUCCAGUGCCCCCGUGGGGCUGAAUCUGUGGGCCUAUUCGGCCAUGAGGGAUUCUGUGUACCCAGUACACAGGCAUGACCAGGAUUCUGUGUACUGAGUACAUGGCCCUGGUAUGUACCAAGUAGCCAGCUUGGGCACAACCCUCCUGGGGUCAGGGGACACUUGGGAGCCUCCUUCCCCUUCCUUUGCCCCUUCCUUCACUUCACUGCAUUCCAAAGACUUACAGGCUCACUGGGAAAGGGUCCUUCAGGCCCAAAAGCCCUCACCUCCAGGCAUCCCACCCCCCCAGAGCCUGGCUCACCUUCUUUUGGGAACUGGGAGGCAGCUGAUGGGAAUGGGAUCAGAGGAGAUGUAUGCAUUCCACUAUCUCUCUGAAAAUGCAGGACUGAAGGUAGGGAGGUGCUUCCUGUAUUCCCUGGUUCAGCCUCACAGCAUAAAUAUUUUCAGAUUAUUUUUGUAACAUGACAUUUGACCACAGUCCCUGUGUAUCUGAGUUCCCAGACCCUGCAUUGCUACAGUCCUCCAGUUCCCAUACCACCUAAUAAAGGAUAGUUGACACCC